AUAUAUUUUUACUCACUCAUAUUUUUCACUCAGCCAGACGGAAAGUAAUCGGGGAGAAGUGUACCAGUGUCUUUUUUCAGGGCUAGCAACAUCUAAAUACUACAAAACGAUUCCGUUCGCAACCGGAUAUACAUAGUCGAUCGCCGGAACGAGGAAACAAUAGAAGAAUAGUGUUGAUGAGGAGUCUGGAAGUGCACUUAAUGUCGUAUGAACUGUACAGCAGCCCUUCGUGAGAAAGCAAGCUGUUCUAGAACAAACUCGACAUCUCGAAGUAGGAGUAUUUAACUGUGUGAGUGUAGGAAAUUGAAGCGAAGAAGCAGGAACAGCUGCAACAAGCGGAGGAGGAAAACAGUGAGCAAAGAAGUGCGAAAUUGACACUAUACACAGAUCCGCUGCAGAGAAGUUUUACGUGCACAGCAGCUCUAGCGGAAGAAAAUACAGCGAAUAGAAGCUACUGACAGAACAAACGAAGGUCUACGCAGAAAUGUCUCAGCAGGAGCAACCACAGCCUACAGUACGGCACAUUCCGAUUUUCGUCGAAGGACGAUCUGAACCGCUGGUGAACAAAAUCCCGGAAUCUCAACCAAGUAAUAACUCUUCAUCUAGCUCUAUACCGGAGCAGCCCCGAAUGGAAAUGCCAUCCCACAAUACCAGUGAUUUCUUUAAGCACGGGUCUAUCUUCGAUCGGACACGAGAUUUUCCGGUGAGGACAUUUCCCAAUUCGACCUUUUUCAGCAAAACCAAUCCAGCUAGGGAGCCAUCUCCUGCCAAGGCUAGUACUGUUUUCACGGACAGUGGAUUUCCAACAGCAGCAGCAACAACAACAACAAUGCCUUCACAACAGCAGCAAGCGCGUGGUUCUUCACAGCCACGACAAUCGCCUUCACCUCCAACUGCAGCCCAGCAGCAACAACAGUAUCAACAGCAACAAGCCCAGAAAUACCAACAGUACCAGCAGGAGCAAACUGCAAAACAACAGGCACCAGCCCAUGAUCAGCCAGAUUCCAAACCAAAGGCUGCGCCGGCAGCAAAUGAUCCCAUCAGUAAGAUUCAGAAAAUCCAGCGGGAUGUGCUGGACAUAUUCGAUCAAGUGGAACGAUUCCAAGGCGGUAAGGAUGGUAAAAGGGAUAAGACCUACAUGUAUUUGGAUGAAAUGUUGACCCAGAAUUUGCUGAAGUUGGACUCUAUUGAUGCUGGAGAUCAGCCUCAAAUUAAGUCUGCCCGCCGGGAAGCUAUUAAGAGUAUAAAUCAUUGUAUUGCCGUCCUGGAAGCCAAAGCAGAAGCAGGAGCGGUAGCAGCUGAUGAAUCUACCAGUAUCAGUGAGUCGACAAGCCGCGACAAGAUGCCCAAUGGGACAACGGAGAAAACAGGUUCCGGUGCUUCUUUAUCUCGUUCUUCAUCCAAUUCUUCUAGUCAGCAGCAGCAUCAACAGCAAUCGCAGUAAGAUUUCCUCCCAAAAAUAGACUUUUCUCACCCUUACUAAAAGCCACAAUGGAA